AUCAUUUUCACAUACUCAAAUAUCAGAGAUUUGAGAAAUUCUGUAAAAUUACAAUUUAUAUUCACACAAUUGGACGAUACAUACUUCCCUUCCACAGACUUUCCUUCAGAGUUCUUCUAUCCUUCACAAGCUCAAUACGAUCCCUCCUACUUCAUCCCCCAAUAUAUAGCCCUUCAAUAAGAACUCAUUCACAGGGCUUUUGACAUUGAUAGAACAUCUUCAUUAUCUUCACCAGAUACAAUAUCCUCACUUUCUUUACCUUUAUUUGAUAUAACAUCUACUUCACCUCUUCCUUCACCAAAUACAAUAUCUUCACUUUCUAUCUCUUUAUCUGACACAAUAUCUACUCCAUCUCUUCCUUCACCAGGUACGAUAUCUUCACUUCCUUUAGAGCCAUCUGAUGUGAUGUUACCCUCGUCUCCAUAUCCACCAUUCAAAACGGAUACCUCAUUUGUUUACUGGGCGGAGAAGUUUCAAUCAAAAAUUCAAUUGAGACAUUGGAAGAGGGAAAAUAGAAAAUGGGACUUUAUAAUAAAUGAAUUCGGCAAGAGGGGUAUCAGGAAGAACAAUAUGCAAUUUUGGUACUCAUACUACAAUAGAACUUUAAAGGAGGUCAGAAUUCUUAUGUUCAACCUGUAUAAAUAACCGUCUAACAUUUACUCAGAUGAGUUACUUCAAAAAGGCGGUCCAGGCAGAUAUUGUAAAGACGUGUGAGCGUUUGGGGGAGUCAAUCAUGGAGCUACAUAUGAGGCAGGCGGAUUAUGACGGAUGUUGGGAGCGAAUCGCUGCAUUAAUGGUAAUGCAUAGCAGCAGAUGGACUGCGGCGCGAGUCAAAUAUGCAUGGACUCAUGGUGUAUCGGAUCUCUUUCCAGAUCUUAUGUUAAGUUUAUGAUGGGAUCGGGAUUCUCGUCGAGAACUUUAGGCUUAUGUAUAUCUUAAUAAUAAACAAGUGGAUUGUGCGCCGAUUUACAGAUAAU